UCCACUACUCUUCCAGAGACCCACUAGAUUUCCAGUACCCACUAGGAAACAAGAGUAGUCAGUGGGAAUGAUAGAACAUGGACUCGUCACCAUCGAGGGAGGCGAAGGGGGACGAAGCAUCUGGAGUAGCAUCACAGCCAGGCAGGGAGUCUGCACGGUCGGAGUCAGUGGGUGGUCAGAUUUCCACCUUGACACCGUGGAAGAGCCCUUCGCAAGCCAUUCCCCAGGGCAGGCAACAACCGGCCGCAUUGCUUAAGUCCACAUUGGGAAGUCUAUCUCACGACCUCAAUGACAGACAGCAGAAUGCCAUGACGCAAGCACCAGAGGAUCCACAGUCAGGAUUGUUCAUGCACAAGUACCCGCCACCUCUGUUGCAGAAGAGUCUUCUGGUUCCUCCUCCAACAAGAGGCUUUCAUUGGACACAGAUGCUCUUGGCUCUGGGAGUGCUGGCUGCUACUGGGGCUGGAACGGCUGUCGUCACAAGGGUCUGUCCGUCUCUUGCCCGUCCUCCACUGUCCAUUCAGUCCUUUUCAUCACAAUGCGGAUCCUUGGCUGAACUCUCAGUGCCCGACUGGGCAUGUAACAGUGGAGGGGAAUAUAGCGAGAGGAGGGGGAUAUGGAGAGGAGGAGGAGGAUGUGGACGAGGAGGACGACGAGGAGGAGGAGGAGAAGUAGAGAUGGGGGAGGAGAAGAGAUGGACGGAGGGAAAAGAGGAAGGGCAGGAGGAGGAGGACACGUGGAUGGUGAGGAAGGGGAGGACUCGAGGAAGGGAAGGACUCGAGGAAGGGGAGGACAUGAGGAAGGGAAGGAGACGAGGAGGCAUGGAAGAUGAGGAAGUACGAGGAGGAGACAAGGAGGAUGAGGAAGGGCAGGAGGAGGACGAACAGGAGGAGGACGACGAACAGGAGAAGGGAGGAGGAGACAUGGAGGACGAGGAAGAGGAGGAAGAGCAAGAGCAGAAACAUCGAGCUGCCCUCCUCCGGGCAAUUGAAUUGCAAAGAGAGGACUUCUCUGCAGUGAUGACAAACCUCAAGGACAUGGUGGAGAUCCCUGUCAGCAUGCAAGCAUGUGCUGCUGAGCACACCAGUGCAGUUGACGAGUCGCUGACUGUUGAGGAGCUGAGGAAGGUGCCGGGGAUUGCUGACGAAGUACGGGGUCACUGGCAAGAAGACCUGACGAAGCAGCUGACGAGACUUACUGUAAAACGUCUCCUGUUGAACCUGACUCUCAAGUUGCGUUUUCUACUUCGUGUCUUGAAGGGGAAGCAAAAGAAUGGGUAUUGGCAGAAGCUAACGCAACAGGGUUUCGAGGAGAGUGGGGAGUGGGCUGGAACCAUGAAUCUGAAGCAGUUCCUUGGAAAGAUCAGGGAACGCUUCCUGGACAAAACAACGGCCGACAAGGCCUUUGACCAGCUUACUACCAUUGGCCAAAGACAUUGGACCUCGGUAGAAUCUUUGUCUCGGGAAGUAGAUCGGUUGCUGCAGGUUCCUGGAUUGAACCUGCAAGACAACCAAGUCCUUUAUAUCUACUCCCGCGCUCUGCCCGAGCCUAUUCGUGGACAGCUCGUGGCAGAUUCUAAAUCCGGCAAGUACAACUACAGGCAGUUUCGCGAUCUGGCUCUCCAACGAGAGCAAAUGACUUCACAGGUAAAGAAUUCGUAUGCUUCCGUGGUGAAGUAUGGUGGAGGUGGAAGUGAAGGUGUAGGAAAGCGGGUACUUUGGCGCUAAAAGCGCCAGGACCACACCCUCGUCAUCUUUGAUGACGAUACUGUGGAGAAGUGGCCAUUGGAGGCCGAGGGUGUGACAAGCAGCUGUGAGUCCGGGAAGGGGGAAGUCACUGCCACAGUGGUCAACAAGGGAGAACCACGACCACCAGGAAAGAAAAAGAAACCACGCUCGUUCUCUGAGCAUCCCGGAAUUGCGGCCGGGAAGCCGUGGGAGAAAAUGGGGAUAUCACAGGAAUUAUGGCAAGAAAGAAUGAACAAUGCACAAUGUC